AUGUACGACCAGGGAGAGAGGGUGACUCUGGACACCCUCCUCGCACGUGUCCAGGAAGACCUAGCCACGCUGGACCUCAGCCGAAGUUCACUCCGGAAACUGCUUCUCCAGAACGGCUACCGCUUCCGAAGCGUCGACAAGCGUCGCAUCCUCAUGGAAAAGCCUGCUGUGGUCUCAGCCCGCGCCUCUUUUCUUCGAACCAUGCGCAGUAUCCGGGCAAGUCAUCCAGCCAGACCUAUUGUCUAUCUUGAUGAGACAUGGUUUAAUCAACACGACUAUGAUGCCAAGUAUUGGCUGGAUGAUCAAGAAUUCACCGGACACAAGACGGUCAUCGGAAAAGGAAAGCGAUUGGUCAUCAUACACGCCGAAUCCAGAAAUGGCUUCGUGUCGAACUGCUUCCGCGCCUUUUGGUCCGACGGCAAGCUGGCAGACUAUCACGAGUCUAUGAACUCCGAGUACUUUGAAGAGUGGUUUUCAAGCCUCAUCAAGCAACUUCAGCCGAACUCAGUGAUUGUCAUGGACAAUGCCAGCUAUCACUCCAGACAGCUGGACAAGCCUCCGACAGCCGCUUCGAAGAAAGAAGAUCUAAAGGCGUGGCUCUUUCACAACGACGUGCCGUUCGAGGAGGACAUGCUGAAGGUUGAGCUUCUGGAACUUGUCAAGAAGCACCAGGGGAAGCCAACGUACGCCGUGGACGACAUGGCUGAGAGAAGCGGGCACAAAGUGGUACGGCUGGCACCAUACCACUGUGUCCUGAAUCCGAUCGAACUGAUCUGGGCACAAGUGAAGGGCUACGUCAGAAAGCACAACAAGUCUGGAAGGAUGGAGGAGGUGAGGAAGCUGGUGGAAGCUGCUGUGGAGGAGGUGACGCCUGUCAUGUGGGAAAAGUGCUGCGACCACGUCUGCAAGCUGGAACAAGAGUUCUGGACCAACGAUAGGCUCAUGGACGAUAUCGGCCCGUUCACCAUUGACCUGAGAAGUGACAGCUCAGACAGCUCCGAUGGAGACGAGGAGUAG